UAUAGGUUUCUAACCUUUUUAUCAGCACAAUAAAAUACAAAACAAGACAUUUUUAUAGGAUGCUUGUAAGAGAACAAGAUCACACAAAUUCUCUUCAAAUUCUAUAUUUUUAGGGAAAAUUCCCAUCCGGGCAUCCUUCAAAAUCCAAUCUUUUUUGAUGCGAACAUGCCUUUUCCGUGGAAGAAGGACAAAGUUGCAAGAUUUUCACGUAUUGUGGCAGAUCUUCAGUCGCCAAAAAGAGGGAAUUCUCUUGUUGUUGAGACUGGUUUCCCUACUUCUCUUGUUGAUCUCUUUGUCAAGAACCGUGAAAGGUUAAAGAAACCAACUGGCAAGAAGAAGAAGAAGAAGAAGAGACAACAGCAGUUGCAAGAGGUGGAGGAGGAACUUGUAAUCUCUGAUCCUAUUUUUGUAUCAAGUUCUAUAGAGUUGGUGGAUUCACCAGGGCCUAUUCAGAAUUUGGAGAAUAUGGAGAGUUUUGAUGUAUGUGAUUUGGUGAGUCAGUUAUUGCCUGUUGUUGAAGAUGAUGAAGAUGUUGAAGAUGUUGAAGAUGUUGAUGAUGUUAAGGUUACUGAUAAGAAAUGUUGGAAUGAGAAAGAGAAACGUUUGUUAUUUGUGGUUUUGAAGAUGUUUUUGGUGGUGGUUUUGGGUUUAAGUACUAAAAAGCUUGUAGUUGGGAUAACAAUGUCUGCUUUUGUGCUUAUUUUUCUUGAAUAUGUUGGAAAGCAUGUGUUAUGUUUCUUGAAACCAUGUCUCAAUGUAGAGAUAGUCUUAGAACUAUUUGUCGAAAGGGUUUCUUCAGCAUUUCUGAUGUUGAAAGGAGUAAGGAAAUGUGAUGAUUCAAGAAAAGAAUUGAUCAUUCAAGAGAUAGAACAAGAAGAAGAUGUUGGGAUUGAUUCUUGUGAUUUAAUUGAGACUCUUGAAAUGAAGUCUUCCCUCGAGGAAACUCAAGCUCUAGAAUUUAAUUUUGAUAGGAUUGUGCCAGUUGAAGCAAAUAGGGGAGCUGAAUCAAGAAUGGAUUUGCUCGUUUGUGAUUGGAGAAUUAUGGAGGUAGAGGAAGAUAAAAGUGGAGUUUUGGUAUGCGAAAAAGAGCGAAGCCGAAAAUCAAAAAUCAGAAGAAAGAUCAUAAAGAAAUUGGUGCCAAAGAAGUUGCGGGCUAUAAAGAAGGCGAAAAAGAGCAAGGGGCAAGAACCAGAUGUCGGUAGUGAAUCAUCUAGUUGUUGGGGAGACGAUGAGAUGGGGAUAAUUGAAGUGCUAGAAGAUGGUGACAAACAAGGGUUUGAAAACAAAGGCAAGGCCUUGCUAUCAAAGUUGGAGGAAGAGGAAGAGGAAGAGGAAGAAGAAGAAGAGGGAAUAAAAGAGAGGAGAAAAGGAAAAGAACCUGAUCAAGGAAAUUCUAGCUCUAGCACUGGAUGGCAGGCUGAAACGGAAGUAGUAGUAGUUGAUAAAAAGGGCAGUUCAGAUUAUCUGAUUCUCUUUUUUGUUGCUCUUGCUGGUCUUGUAGGAGGUCGGAGUCUAUCCCUUGUGCUUACACUUGCAUCAUGUUUGCUGAUAAAAUUGAUUGGAAGAUUUAGAUGUGUAAACGAGCCAGUGAAUAGGUCCCGAGCUUCAAUCUCAAGCUAGGAUCUUGGGUGAUUUUUGCUGUUUUUGCUUCCAGGGAAAGUGUUCUUCACGUCUCAAAACUGUAUUACAAAAGUCUGAUGAGCAAUUCCAAUCUUUUUUUGCUGGGAUUCCAACCUGAGGUGUUGUAACUGUAAAUUUACAGACACAGAAUCAAGAUUCAUAAAUACUUUCAUUUCCUAAAUUGUGGAAAUUUGUUGUA